AAUGCUUCCGGCACUGUCAAUGGCGGCCAAACCCACCACAAGGAGACCACUCUCCACCUCGUCUUCCUUCUCCUGCUUCGUCCCUUUCCUCUGCCUCGUCUUCCUCCUCCUACUCGCCCUCUUCUUCUCCGCCGCAAGGCCCUCCGUCGUUUCCCGGUACGAUGACCUCCUUGGGGAGCCAACGAGGGAUAAGAAUCGCUGGCCCUGCAACUACUCCGAUGGGGCCUGGGUCCUCGAUCCGGAUCCCGUCGCCCUCCGUUAUGACCACACCUGCAAGGAGAUCUUCAAGGGCUGGAACUGCAUCGCCAGCGGGAAGCACAACGGCCGCGAUCUCCUCCGGUGGCGGUGGCAGCCCUCUCGCUGCGGCCUCCCUCGCCUCGAGCCCCUCCGCUUCCUCCGACGCUUCAGGAACACCAACAUAGGGUUUGUGGGGGAUUCGUUGAACAGGAACAUGUACGUGUCGCUUGUUUGUAUGCUGAGAUCGGUGAGCAGAGGGGUGAGGAAGUGGCGUCCCGCCGGGGCCGAUAGGGGUUUCACCUUUCUUGAUUAUAAUCUCACUGUUGCGUAUCACCGGACUAAUCUCUUGGUGCGGUAUGGCAGGUGGUCAGCAAGCGACAAUGGAGGUGCCUUAGAAUCCCUUGGUAUCAAACAAGGUUACAGGGUGGAUGUUGAUGUUCCAGAACACACCUGGGCAGAGGCACCUAGCUUCCAUCAUAUUCUGAUCUUUAAUACAGGUCACUGGUGGUGGGCUCCCUCAAAAUUUGAUCCAGAGCAGUCACCAAUGCUCUUUUUUGAAAAGGGAUUGCCAGUGUUACCUCCAGUAACUCCAGAAAUUGGCAUAGAUUUAGCUUUAAAACAUAUGAUAUCAUAUGUGGAGAGAAGAGCAGCUAAGGGUUCAAGAACAUUCUUCCGGACACAAUCACCAAGGCAUUUUGAAGGUGGUGACUGGAACCAAGGUGGAUCAUGUCGACGAAGAGAACCUUUAUUGUCACAUGAGGUUGAAGAGCUCUUUUCUGUGGAGAGGAAUGCAACAAAUGCAGAGGUACGUGUCAUAAAUCAGCAUCUUUACAAGGCCCUUCAGAGAUCAAGCUUCCAGGUAUUGGACAUUACUCGCAUGAGCGAGUUCCGAGCGGAUGCUCAUCCUUCAACCAUGGGCAGAAAGAAGCACGAAGAUUGCAUGCACUGGUGCUUGCCCGGGUUGACAGACACUUGGAAUGAUGUGCUCAUGGCUGCUCUGGAAGACUCCACCAGCUAAUUCUUUUAAUUUGUUGGUUACUUGUUGAUUUUUCAUGUAUCGGUUGAUCUGUAACCCUAGAAUUGAAUCCAGUCAUACAAAGGGUGGUUGGGUCAGGUGUGAUUGAACCCGGCAAUCAAGGAAUUAUGUGUUUCGAUCGAAGGAUCGAUGAUUCAAAUUUAUCGACUUAAUGUGGUUAUAUUGAACUUGU